CUUUGGCUUGGCUGGUUCUGGGGGAGAGAGGGUGAAGAGUUGGAUGGGACGCAUGAUGGUGGGUGUGAAGUUCAUCUGUGCUUUGUUUUGGUGGUGGUGGAAUGAGGAAGGAGGGAAUGAGGUGCGCAGGGAUGGCCGGUGUACGGCACUGACUGUGCAUGGGGAUGGAGUGCAGCAGUACAGUGAUUACUCGUCACUGGGGGACGGGAUAGGCAUUGCGGCGGUGAUGGCCGCGAUGAUGAGAGUUACUUCAUAAGUCAACAAUUGGUGCCCAGAAAUCUCAUAUGCGACGUCUGAGGCUGGAGGGACGGGAUAUUUAUUUAUUUUGUAUCGAUAUUUCCGUGGUUUGGUUGCUGCGCCAUAGGAAGAAACCAGUGGGGGGGGUGGUUAGGUACGUACGGAGUAUGUUGUAGUAAAAAACCACAAACCCCAGACCCCACGAUGGUUAUUGUAUGGGCCAGCCUCGCGGAGAAUGCGCUGUCCAACAUCCACUUCCACUCUUCCUUGCUGACUGGCAACAACUCUCCGUCCCUCCACUGACUUCCACUUCUUCCGAAAUGACAUCGGUGAUAGGAAAGUCCGUAUAGGGCAGUGCAAAGAAAUAUGCAAUACUGUGCGAAACUGCGCAAAAACAGGGUCAUGUACUGGACAGGUACUAUUCCGAUUAUCCAGCCCCCGCCCUAUCAUGCCCUACGAGACCAGCCAGGCACUACUGGGCACUAUCAGGCACUACUCGGACUUACAAGCCAUACAAGCCACUUACAAGCCGCUACGAGAGAAACUAUGUUAUAGCUUCACAGCACUAUAACUGGGGCAUAAACUGGGGAACAAAACCGUGAAUACGUACGGUACGAACGGCGUUGUACAUACAUUCCAGCCUGCAAUUGCUGUCAGCAAAGUACUAUACUCGAAUACGGUACGGUGCUGGUGCAUUGCGCCGAGAAAUGGCAGCAAGUGUUUCUGAGUGUAGAGUGUAUUAAGUUGAGUUAUACCACUGAACUCAUCAAACUCCACACGGGCUGACGCCACCUCCCCGGUGCCCUGUUGUUGUGACGUUCGUGAUCGUCAGUGGGGCCAAGACCCAUAGCCCUCCUCCUACUUCCUGAUCACUCCGCGAUCUCCAGUAUUACUGUGGUUCAUGUGAGGCGUUGUCUUCCGCUACGCCAACGAAUCAAUGAAACUUUCUGUGUCCGGAAAUUCCGCAGUCGUCCCUUCUUCAUUGCGUGAAUGCCCCCCUGUUGUUUCCUCAAAAACAUACGCACAUACGACCGACAACGACGAUUUAGAGCAACCGCCGGACGGACUUGCCAUUGACCGCUAGACAAGUUACCGAGACACACUGCACCGUUGCGCUGAUUUGUGCGCCGAACGAAGCUAACGGAACGAAAGUUUGAAGGCAAGGGACUAGCAAGGCACAAGAUCGAGAGGAGGGCAGAUCUUCGUUGAGUGGUGACGACAAACGAGAAGGUUUCGUGUGAAUUGAUUUACCUCCCAUAGACAAAGGCCGGGAGACUACGAGAGGCGUCCAGAAUGAUAGAGUGAGCGAGGUCGCUUCACAAUUGUGAUACGCUCGACUGGUCUGAAGAAGCGCAGCACAGAUGGACCUCGAUAUCAUAGUCACCGCGCCUGUGAGCCAUGAUGAAAGGGACGAGGAGGCAAGAACGAGGAAGCAGAAAUACAUUGCUCUCACGCCGCAAGACGACGAAUUGGAGGAAUAUACAGACCGGGAUGGGGCAGAAUAUACGCCACAGCCGUGGUCGAGCACGGCCUCCUCGUCCAUCGACGAGGGCGCUGGAGAUCUCGAGGACCUCCCAGCGCUCUCGCAGACGGUGUCGCAACAUCGCAGAGUCUCAAUUGACCAAUUCUACCUGGAAAACCACUUCCCGGAUAGAACUAUACACCCGCCUCCUCCGACUCGCCCCCCUCCUCCGAUCCGCGAUGCUCCCUCACCAACCAACACCAUCGCCAGCACCACAACGACCUCCAGCACUAGCAGCGACGAGCCCCAAACUCCCCGGCUCACCGCUGACGACCUGGUCGAGCAGUCCUCCUCCCUCUCACCACCGCCCUACUCCUCCAGCAUCCUAAAUCGCAGCGCCAUAAAUAUCACUCCCCGCAUCGAAGAAGGCCACGAGACCCUCCCACCCUACACCUGCGAUCUAACCCUCACUGCCCACUUCAUGCGCAAAUCUGAGCUCGAAGGCCCCCACCUCGGCGAACCCUCCGAGUUCUCCAACCCCCUCCGUCGAGCCCCAGUGCGCACCUGGCAUCGCGUCCAAGUCACCCUCCGAGGCACCUCUCUCACCAUAGCCCCCGCUCCACGCCUCUCCCUCAAGCGCUCCAAGCCCCUCGCCCCACCGCGAUCUUACUCCCUCCAGCACGCCGAGGCCGGCAUCGCAUCCGACUACCUCAAGCGCCGCUACGUUAUCCGCAUCCGCGUCGAAGCAGACCAGCUCCUCCUCGCCUCCGACGACGCACCCACCCACAUCGCCUGGCUUGAAGCCCUCGCAGCAGCCAUCGACCUAGCCCCUGCCCUCGACGAACGCUCCCUCCCUGAAGACGCAUCCCUCCCCCGUCCUCGCCGCCGCGGAUUACGCGACCGCUACGUCGCCCCAGGCAGCGCCGCUGCCCGCCGCACAGCAGCCGCGCAAGCCGCUGUCGCUGCCGCAGAAGCAGCAGUAGCGCCUCCCCCCCGCCACGUCGACGUCCCCGAGGCCCCGGAACCUAUUCCGGAGCCUGUCUCCGAGCCUGAACCGGAACCUGAGCCGGAUCACCUUGCACCUCCGCCCUCAGUCUUAGAUUCCUCUCCUUCUUCGAGAACAUCUACAGAUACCCCGACCCCGAUAGUCCGCCCCUCACACCGCCCGCAACCGGAUCCCUACAACAUCUACCCCCCCACCCUCGCCGCGCGCGGCGCACGCAACCCGGCCAUCACGCGUGACGGCAAGUGGCGCCCCAUCCACAACUGGAGUCCGCUGUAUGACCUCAUCUACGCGAAGCGGUGUAUGGCGACGUUGUUGAAUGGGAGUCCGCGAAAGGGGCCAUUUGUGAUUAUGCAGGGAGAGAGGUGGGUGGUUGAUUGGGAGACGGGGAAGUGUGCGAGGUGGGUGCCGAAGGAGGAGGGUGUGGAAGAGGGGUUGCCUGGGGAAGCUGGAUUGCCCGGGUAUGGGAAUUGAGAACUGGUAACGAUUUGUAUAUUUGAGCGAGCGUGUUUUGGAUUGGUCUGGUGUAGAUGUUUGGGUUACUGGCGUUCAGUUUGCUGUUGAGGCUGUCGAGCGAUAACAUUUUGCAUAUCCUUUUGCAUACCCCCUCUUUUAUUUUUACUUUUUAGUUUUCACUUUUUGUUUUGUUAUGUUGGCGGGACAUAUAGAUACCGGAAUGGGCUGGGAUGGGAUAUGAUGGGUACAAAUUUGGAUAACUCACAUAACGAGUACUACGGGGCACAUUCCUGUGCCAGGUCAUGCAUAAAUUUAGAAGGAGUUCGGGA